CCGCCCCGCCCUCAGGACUAUAACCGGCCGCCGCACCGCGGACCGGGCGCCCCUUGUCAGAAGCUCGGACCCGAGGCCGGUCCCGGGCGCCCCGCCUCCCGCCCGCCAUGGCCGCGCCACCUCGCGCUCUGGCGGCCGCCGCGCCCGCGCCCGGGAAGGCCAAACUGACGCACCCGGGAAAAGCUAUCCUGGCAGGCGGCCUGGCGGGCGGCAUCGAGAUCUGCAUCACGUUCCCCACCGAGUACGUGAAGACGCAGCUGCAGCUGGACGAGCGCGCGCACCCGCCGCGGUACCGGGGCAUCGGCGACUGCGUGCGGCAAACCGUCCGCAGCCAUGGCGUCCUGGGCCUGUACCGCGGCCUCAGCUCCCUGCUCUAUGGCUCCAUCCCCAAGGCGGCCGUCAGGUUCGGCACCUUCGAGUUCCUCAGCAACCACAUGCGGGACGCCCAGGGGCGGCUGGACAGCACGCGCGGGCUGCUGUGCGGCCUGGGUGCCGGCGUAGCCGAGGCCGUGGUGGUCGUGUGCCCCAUGGAGACAGUCAAGGUCAAGUUCAUCCACGACCAGACCUCCCCCAACCCCAAGUAUAGAGGGUUCUUCCACGGAGUCCGGGAGAUCGUGAGGGAGCAAGGGCUGAAGGGGACAUACCAGGGCCUCACGGCCACCGUGCUGAAGCAGGGUUCCAACCAGGCCAUCCGCUUCUUCGUCAUGACUUCCCUGCGCAACUGGUACCGAGGCGACAACCCCAACAAGCCCAUGAACCCGCUCAUCACUGGGGUCUUUGGGGCCAUCGCGGGAGCUGCCAGUGUCUUUGGGAACACCCCACUGGAUGUGAUCAAGACCCGGAUGCAGGGGCUGGAGGCACACAAGUACCGCAACACGUGGGACUGCGGCUUGCAGAUCCUGAGGAAGGAGGGGCUCAAGGCGUUCUACAAGGGCACGGUCCCCCGCCUGGGCCGGGUGUGCCUGGACGUGGCCAUCGUGUUCAUCAUCUACGACGAGGUGGUGAAGCUGCUCAACAAGGUGUGGAAGACGGACUAAGUCCGGGGAGGGGGGACCAAGCCGGGGUCUGGGGGCUGCCUGGGGCCUCUGGGCUGCCACACCCCCUCCUCGCGAUUCCAGUGUAUUUGUGCCAAAAGGGCUGCUGCCCGUUGUCCCUUGAGCUCUGUGGUCUGGUCUUGUCCGUUGUGGCUCCCAUGCGUUCUGUAGUGCCACGUCUUCCCAGUAUGUGCACGCAUCCAGCAUGGCCGUGGCUGGGUGUCCCCGUGGCCUGUGGCUCCGUGCCCACCCGUCCGCGUGCUGCUUACCCCUGAGCCUGUGCUUCUGUCUUAUGUUCCAUGUCAUGUGUCCCUGUGUCCCGCUCUCCCGGGGUGCCCAUAUGGCCUGGGUCCUAUAGCCAUGGCCCGGUCCCAGUCCGGUGCCUUCCCACCCUGGGCAGUAGGGGCGCCUGCCCCGGUCUACCACAGCUGCCUCUGGGCCGCAGCCUGGCCUCACCGCAUUCCAGGGGCCAUGUGCCCCCUGCUUUUCCCGCCUUUGGCCUUAAGUGGCCCUCGGGCCCUCCCUCCGCCCGGGACAGGGUGGCACUGCCACUCUCAGGACCACCCUGCUAAGGCAGAAUAAACCGGAUCCUGUCA